AUGCGUCCCGAAGUCGAGCAGGAGCUCGCCCACACGCUCCUUGUUGAGCUUCUUGCAUACCAGUUCGCCUCGCCCGUGAGGUGGAUUGAGACGCAAGAUGUCAUUCUUGGGGAGAAGACGACGGAGCGGAUUGUCGAGAUUGGGCCUGCCGACACUCUGGGGGUGAUGGCCAAGCGAACCUUGGCGUCAAAGUACGAAGCACACGACGCAGCUCUCUCGCUGCAACGAGACAUCCUCUGCUACAACAAAGAUGCAAAGGACAUCUACUACGAUGUCGAUCCGGUCGAGGACGAGCCCGCAGCCCCAAGCGCUGGGGCUGCCGCACCCACAUCCUCAGCACCUGCUGCCGCAGCAGCUCCAGCGGCAGCGGCAGCUCCUCCACCUCCCAGCGCCGGUCCGGCCGCGUCGGUGGCAGACGCGCCAGUUACCGCAACGGACAUUCUGCGUGCUCUGGUAGCACAGAAGCUGAAGAAGCCGCUAAUGGACAUUCCCUUGAGCAAAGCUAUCAAAGAUUUGGUUGGCGGCAAAUCCACACUGCAAAACGAAAUUCUAGGAGACUUGGGCAAGGAGUUCGGUUCGACGCCAGAGAAGCCGGAGGAUACCCCCUUGGACGAGCUCGGUGCAUCGAUGCAGGCGACCUUCAAUGGCCAGCUUGGCAAGCAGUCAUCCUCCCUCAUCGCCCGAUUGGUUUCUUCGAAGAUGCCUGGUGGCUUCAACAUCACGUCCGUCCGGAAACACUUGGAGACACGGUGGGGAUUGGGAACUGGCCGACAGGAUGGCGUCCUUCUCCUGGGACUGACCAUGGAGCCACCCGCGCGUCUUGGAUCAGAGAACGACGCAAAGGCGUGGCUUGACGAAACAACGAACAAGUAUGCCGGAAUUGCCGGAGUCAACCUCUCGGCGCCAGCCGCUGGCGGCGAUGGCGGUGCUGGUGCGGGUGGCAUGAUGAUGGACCCGGCUGCCAUCGAUGCCUUGACCAAGGACCAGCGAGCGCUCUUCAAGCAGCAGCUCGAGCUCUUCGCUCGCUACCUCAAGAUGGACCUCCGCGCUGGCGACAAGGCCUUCGCUGGCUCUCAGCAAGCGUCGAGCGCUCUCCAGGCCCAGUUGGAUCUCUGGAACGCGGAACACGGCGACUUCUACGCCGCCGGUAUCGAGCCAUCCUUCAGCCAGCUCAAAGCCAGAGUCUAUGAUUCAUCCUGGAAUUGGGCACGACAGGAUGCCCUCAGCAUGUACUACGACAUUAUCUUCGGGCGCCUAAAGGCGGUCGAUCGCGAGAUUGUCAGCCGCUGCAUUGCCAUCAUGAACCGGUCGAACCCGCUUCUGCUCGACUUCAUGCAGUAUCACAUCGACCACUGCCCGACCGAGCGUGGCGAGACUUACGAGCUCGCUAAGGAGCUUGGACAGCAGCUCAUCGAGAACUGCAAAGACGUCCUUAGCGAGGCACCGGUGUACAAGGAUGUUGCCAUGCCCACUGCUCCUUCACUCAACAUUGACGCACGCGGCAACAUGAACUACGCCGAAGUACCGCGACCCAGUGUCAGGAAGUUGGAACAUUACGUCCGGGAGAUGGCCGAUGGCGGCAAGCUCUCCGAGUACGGCAAUAGGACGAAAGUCCAGAACGAUCUCCAGCGCAUCUACAAGCUCAUUCGCCAGCAACAUAAGCUUUCCAAGUCGUCCCAGCUCCAGAUCAAGACUCUGUACAGCGAUGUUAUCCGCUCUAUGUCGAUGAACGAGUCCCAGAUCCUGCCGUCCGAGAACGGCAAAGCAGCCAACGGUCAUGCCAGAAAGGGACGAAAUGGCCGCGUCAACGGCCUCAAGCAGGGCAAGGUCGAGACGAUCCCCUUCCUGCAUCUCAAGAGGAAAGACGACCAUGGAUGGCAAUACAGCAAGAAGCUGACCGGUGUCUACUUGGAUGGCCUAGAGCAGGCCGCCAAGAACGGCGUCACCUUCCAGGGCAAGCACGCACUGAUGACCGGUGCUGGCGCUGGUUCCAUCGGUGCCGAAGUCUUGCAAGGUCUCAUCAGUGGUGGUGCUAAGGUUGUGGUCACCACCAGCCGCUUCUCUCGUGAGGUCAAUGAGUACUAUCAGACCAUGUACGCUCGAUACGGCGCCCGCGGCUCGCAGCUCAUCGUUGUGCCCUUCAACGGAGGCAGCAAGCAGGAUGUGGAGGCUCUGGUGUCCUACAUUUACGACACGAAGAAGGGUCUCGGCUGGGAUCUCGACUUCGUCAUUCCAUUCGCUGCCAUCUCAGAGCAGGGCCGCGAGAUUGAUGGAAUCGAUUCAAAGUCCGAGCUUGCUCACCGUAUCAUGCUGACCAAUGUGGUCCGGCUACUUGGUGCUAUCAAGGCUCACAAGGUUGAGCAUGGCUACGCCACUCGGCCUGCGCAGGCCAUCCUUCCGCUCUCACCCAACCACGGUACUUUUGGAAACGACGGCUUGUAUGCCGAAUCCAAGAUCGCGUUGGAGACGCUCUUCGAACGCUGGCACUCUGAAAGCUGGGGCAGUUACCUCACCAUCUGCGGCGCUGUUAUCGGCUGGACACGCGGCACGGGUCUCAUGGCCGGCAACAACAUCGUUGCCGAGGGCAUUGAGAGGUAUGGUGUCCGCACCUUCUCCCAGCAGGAGAUGGCCUUCAAUCUGCUUGGCCUCAUGUCUCCCUCCAUUGUCAAUCUCUGCCAGAUGGAGCCCGUCUGGGCCGAUCUCAACGGCGGCUUCCAAUACCUGCCCAAUCUCAAGGAUCUCAUGACCGACCUUCGCAAGGAGUAUACCGAGACCGCUGAGAUCCGCAAGGCGGUCACAAAGGAGACUGCGAUCGAGAACAAGAUUGUCAACGGCGAGGAGAGCGAGGCGCUGUACAAGAAGGUUAACGUGCAGCCGCGUGCUAAUCUCAAGUUCGACUUCCCCAAGGUGCCAGACUGGGAGACCGAGGUCAAGCCACUCAACUCGGAUCUCAAAGGAAUGGUUGACCUCGAGAAGGUCGUCGUGGUCACGGGCUUCGCAGAAGUCGGGCCUUGGGGUAACUCGAGGACCCGCUGGGAGAUGGAGGCUUACGGCCAGUUCUCUCUCGAGGGGUGCGUCGAGAUGGCAUGGAUCAUGGGUCUCAUCAGGAAUCACAAUGGCCCUCUAAAGGGCAAGACGUACUCCGGCUGGGUCGACGCCAAGUCUGGGGAACCGGUUGACGACAAGGACGUCAAGGCCAAGUACGAGAAGCACAUCCUCGAACACUCCGGUAUCCGUCUCAUUGAGCCUGAGCUGUUCCAUGGCUACGAUCCGAAGAAGAAGCAGCUUCUUCAAGAAAUCCAAAUUGAGGAAGACCUUGAUCCAUUUGAGACGGCCAAGGAGACCGCAGAAGAGUUCAAGCGCGAACAUGGCGACAAGGUUGAGGUCUUCGAGGUGCCGGAAUCCGGGGAGUACACCGUCCGACUAAAGAAGGGCGCAACCCUCCUCAUCCCCAAGGCCUUGAAGUUUGACCGUCUUGUCGCAGGCCAGAUUCCCACCGGAUGGGAUGCGAAGAAGUACGGUGUUCCCGACGACAUCAUCUCCCAGGUCGAUCCGGUCACCCUCUUCGUCUUGGUCUCCACUGCCGAGGCCCUCCUCUCCUGCGGUAUCACCGAUCCGUAUGAGUUUUACAAGUACGUUCACAUUUCCGAGGUCGGUAACUGCAUCGGUUCCGGUAUUGGUGGUACGUCUGCGCUGCGAGGCAUGUACAAGGAUCGCUUCCUCGACAAGCCCCUGCAGAAGGAUAUCCUCCAAGAGUCGUUCAUCAACACCAUGAGCGCCUGGGUGAAUAUGUUGCUUCUCUCGUCCACUGGUCCUAUCAAGACACCCGUCGGUGCCUGCGCAACUGCUGUUGAGUCCGUUGACAUCGGCUACGACACUAUCGUUGAGGGCAAGGCUAGGAUCUGCUUUGUCGGUGGCUUCGAUGACUUUCAGGAGGAGGGCUCGUACGAGUUCGCCAACAUGAAGGCUACCAGCAACGCAGAAGACGAGUUCGCCCAUGGGAGGACACCGAGGGAGAUGUCCAGGCCUACUACAACUACCCGCAAUGGCUUCAUGGAGUCGCAGGGCUGCGGUAUGCAGGUCAUCAUGGACGCGAAGCUCGCUCUGGACAUGGGUGUACCGAUCUAUGGUAUCCUUGGCUUCACUGCUACCGCUACUGACAAGAUCGGCCGCUCUGUUCCUGCUCCAGGUCAGGGUCUCCUUACCACCGCCCGCGAGGCGCCGUCCAAGUUCCCAUCGCCGCUCCUUGAUAUCAAGUACAGGAAGCGCCAGAUGGACCUGCGCCGCAAGCAGAUCAAGUCAUGGCAGGAGUCCGAGCUCAUGUACCUACAAGAGGAGAUCACGGCAAUGAAAUCCUCCGGCUCUGAGUUCGACGAGUCAGAGUACAUGCAGGAGCGCGCCGCCCACAUCGAGCGCGAAGCCAAGCGUCAAGAGAAGGAUGCUCUCUACAGCCUCGGCAACAACUUCUGGAAGCAGGACCCACGCAUCGCGCCUCUUCGCGGCGCCCUGGCCACUUGGGGCCUGACCAUCGACGACGUCGCCGUUGCCUCUUUCCACGGCACCUCAACCGUCGCAAACGACAAGAACGAGUCCGACGUCAUCUGCCAGCAGAUGAAGCAUCUCGGCCGCGCCAAGGGCAACGCCCUGCUCGGCAUCUUCCAGAAGUACCUCACGGGCCAUCCCAAGGGCGCGGCAGGCGCAUGGAUGUUCAACGGCUGCCUCCAGGUGCUGAACACAGGCCUAGUCCCCGGCAACCGCAACGCGGACAACGUGGACAAGAUCAUGGAGAAGUUCGACUACAUUGUGUACCCGAACCACUCGAUCCAGACGGACGGCGUCAAGGCGUUCAGCGUGACCUCCUUCGGCUUCGGCCAGAAGGGCGCGCAGGCCAUCGGCAUCCAUCCGAAAUAUCUCUUCGCCACCCUCGACCACGCGCAAUACGCGAACUACAAGCAGAAGGUCGAGGCCCGCCAGAAGCGCGCGUACCGCUACUUCCACGACGGCCUCAUCAACAACACUAUGUUCCGCGCCAAGGACAAGAGCCCCUACGCCGACACCCAGCAGAGCCAGGUCUUCCUCGACCCGACCAUCCGCGUCGUGGCCGACAAGAAGACCGCGCAGUACGCCUACCCGACCUCCGCGCCCAAGCCGGUCAAGAACGCGAAGACGGAGGAGACGAAGACGAUGCUCGAGAGCCUGGCUAAGGCUACCGCGACCAAGGACAGCAAGGUCGGCGUCGAUGUUGAGAGUAUUGCGGCCAUCAAUAUCGAGAACGAGACGUUUGUGGAACGGAACUUUACCCAGAAGGAGCAGGAGUACUGCCGCAAGGCGCCGGCGCCGCAGGCCUCGUUUGCGGGGAGGUGGAGCGCGAAGGAAGCUGUCUUCAAGGCUCUCGGUGUGGAAGGCAAGGGAGCGGGCGCGCCGCUCAAGGAUAUUGAGAUCACGAAUGAUGAGAAGGGGGCGCCUGUUGUUACUCUACAUGGUGACGCAGAGGCAGCGGCUAAGAAGGCGGGCGUCAAGUCUGUCAGUGUGAGCAUUAGCCAUAAUGACGAUCAGGCUAUUGCUAUUGCGGUGUCGCAGUUCUAG